CCGGGUAUUAAGCGGAUGAAGGGCGGCCCCGGUCACUCACUCGUCACUAGAAUGGCCGUGGCUCUGGUUGGGCGGUUGUGUGCGAUCCGCGGGCUCGGUACCGGCCUGAGCCGGCUGGGGGCAGCGAGGAUCGCUGUCGUUAGGCCUAUGGCCACCUCGGGUAUUCCUACAGAUGAAGAACAAUCAACUGGGCUUGAGCGGAAAACAUUGCAAGCUAUGAAGAAAGGGAUGGAUCCCUACAGUAUCUUCAAACCUAAAGAGUAUGCAGGCACCAAAGAGGAUCCUCAUAUCGUUCCUUCAAUCACUGAGAAGAGGCUUGUUGGUUGCAUCUGUGAAGAGGAUAACACUGCAAUUGUUUGGUUCUGGCUGCAUUCAGGGAGCCCCCAGCGUUGUCCGUCCUGCGGAUCUCACUAUAAACUUGAGCAUCACGAACUUCCUCAUUAGAUCUUUGUUAAUGUGCUAUGGAUUUUCUUCAAUAAUCUGUUUUAACUUAAAUGUCUUUAUCACUAGAAACAAAAAUACUGGAUUAUGUGCACUUUAAAAAUAAACACUGAAUAAUGACCUAUAA